AUGACCCCCUACUGGAACCCCUCGGACAGGACGGGUGACACGGGCCCAGCAGUGAUCUCCACCACAGUGACAGACCCCUCUCGCCCCAGCCGCCACUCAGCUCCCGGCUACACCCUGAGCCCUAGGCUGCCCCUGCUGCACAUACCCCACCAGCACAAUCACAGAGGCCUUCAUGGGGGAGGAGGAAUCCGAGCUGGUCUGGGCAGGAAAGGAGACAAGGGGCUGGCCCCAAGCCCAGGGACGGUCGGGCCUUAUAAAGCGCCGGCAAUCAGGGCCCAGCAUGCUCCCCCAGAGCCCACACCCUCUGCUGUCCCCCUGCCCGCCUGGCCAGGGCCCGGCCGCCCGCCGUGGAUGAGCCACAGGACCUCCUCCACCUUCAGAGCGGAGAGAAGCUUCCAUUCCUCCUCCUCGUCCUCCUCAUCCUCAUCCUCCUCAGCCUCCCGUGCCCUCCCAGCCCAGGACCCACCCAUGGAGAAAGCCUUGAGUAUGUUUUCCGAGGAUUUUGGCAGCUUCAUGAGGCCCCACUCAGAGCCCCGGGCCUUCCCAGCCCGUUCCGGGGGGCCAGGCAACAUCAAGACCCUCGGGGACGCCUAUGAGUUUGCAGUGGAUGUGAGUGACUUCUCACCCGAAGACAUCAUUGUCACCACCUCCAACAACCACAUCGAGGUGCGGGCUGAGAAGCUGGCAGCCGACGGCACAGUCAUGAACACCUUCGCUCACAAGUGCCAGCUGCCCGAGGACGUGGACCCCACUUCCGUGACCUCAGCCCUGAGGGAAGACGGCAGCCUCACCAUCCGGGCCCGGCGUCACCCACACACGGAGCACGUCCAGCAGACCUUCCGGACAGAGAUAAAAAUCUGAGGGCCUCCCCUUUCCUGUCCCCCCCACUCCCCCCUUCUCCCCCACUGGCCUGCCAGAGACAUUUUCCUCACCUCUCAUGACAGCUUGCAGAACAUCUCAGCUCAAGUUCCAGGCCCUGACACCAUCAGACCCCAGGUGGGUCAACCCCGCCCCCUGCAACUGAGGCCUUCUGCCUCACCUGUGGCCUCCAGAUUCCAGAUGUGGCCUCUUUCCCUUGAUCCAGAAUAAAGGGAUUGAGAUUGGAAAGGGA